AUGAGCCCGUCGAAGCAAGAAAUCCUCCACGCCUACCGCCAUCUCUACCAGCACGCCCUCCGCGCCGUGCAAUACUCCACACCAGCCCGCUACAAUGUACGAAACCAUCUCCGCGCCGCCUUCCGCUCCUCCCCCAUCGAAUCCUUCGACUCCAAGAAGAUCGCAACGACCCUGCAAUUCCUCCAUGGCGCGGCGAAAUACAAAGGUCUCGAGCACAAGAUCGUCAAGGGCUUGAUGCACGUCUGGUGGGAUCGCCACCGUCCGUCUAUCAAACCGCAGUAUGUCCCGCCAUCAAAACGUUGCCCCCCCCCUCCUCCCCUUGACUUUCCACGGACCCGGGACAAAGCUGAUGAUGAUUUUUUGAAGCCCGGGCAAAAGUAUUAGACUUCCCACCGAGGCUCUACGACGCAGUGCGUAUGCCAAUUUUGAUCGGACGCUGGAGAAAUUGAACGAGACGAUGGGGAUGUGCAUCAAGUGA